UUAUCAUGGCCUUCUACACCACUCGCGUAGACGAUAAUGGCAAUGAAAUUGAACGCCGCCAUUCGGCGCGUAGCUUAGCAAUUUCAUUAAGCGCCAGCACUACAAGUACUAAUACCUCUCGUAUUAACCUGAGCUCACGAAGUUGUGAAACAAACGGAAGCGUAAGGUAUAUCAAUCCUGCUGCUUUCAUUGAGAAAACACCUGAUCAAAGCGAGACAAGUAGUAUGAAUGAGGAGAAUAAAACGCAACCACCAUCGGAGAAUCAAAGCGACAUUGUUCCACCUUUAGAUUUACAAUCGGAAGAUAACUACCCUACUACACGUGAUUACACCUUUUCGUAUCGUAAACACUGCGAGGCGUCUAAAAUUGUUUUGAAACCUGACUUGGCUUAUGAGACUUGGUUAUCUGCCAAAAGAAAACUUUUAUCUGAUGAAGCUGCGCGUCGGCGGAAGUCUGAAGAACAGAAGCGUAAGGAACAAGAAACCAGAAAGCGUCUUGCAGAAGAAAAGUUUCAACAAUGGUUGAAAACGAAAUCACGUCAAACUGUCUCGCGCGAGAAAAUUAAACUCCAAAUCGAUCAGGAAGAAAAACCACCCAAGACCCAAAUUAGGGAAGAAGAGGUGCAGGCUAAGCUAGAAGCUUGGGAGCAGGCUAAGCAGCUGGAGGAGGAGUGCCGUCGUGCUCUGAAGAGGCAAGAAGAUGAACGUCGUCGUCUUAUGGAAGAACAGCGGCGGCAAAUGGCCGCCGAGGCCUGGAAAAAAUGGCUUGCUGAGGUAGAUAAAAAACCACGACCGGUUCCAUUGAACCGGGGAAUAUUCACAUUGCGUGGUACUAUUUCCGACAUUUUUGUUAAUCCGAACGAGUGGCGAAGCACAAUCCCAAUAGACCAAGACUGAUAUACUGCAUUUAAA